ACGCACCGCCUUUAAUUUUUGCAUGGACACAAAAACUGAAAUAUUUUCAGUUUAUUUAUCGUAUGUGUGAUUAUUUUGAGAUUGCAAUGACUAAAUAUUGAAUGCCAAGUGAUUGUUUUAACUGUUUGCCGUUCCUCUUCGCAGUUUUUAUUUUAUAACUUAAGGAAGGUGUAAAAAUUUAAGAAAUCAAAAAUGUCUGAGGAAGGCACUGCGCCACCAAUGGAUGAGAAUGAGAAGCGAAUUGUCAAUGAAUUUUGUCAUCUUCUGGAAAAGUCAAAGCAGCUGUUUAAUGGAUUGAGAGAUUUACCUCAGUAUGGUCAUAAACAAUGGCAGUCGUACUUUGGCAGAACAUUUGAUGUUUACACGAAAUUGUGGAAGUUUCAGCAGCAACACAGGCAAGUUUUAGAUGUAAAGUAUGGAUUAAAACGGUGGCAGAUAGGUGAAGUAGCCUCUAAAAUUGGACAGCUUUAUUACCAUUAUUAUUUACGUACAAGUGAGACAAACUAUUUAAAUGAGUCUUUCUCCUUCUACUCAGCAAUAAGAAUGAGAGCCUACUACUCAAAAGCAAACAAGGAAGAAAGACCGGAUUUAAUGGUGAAGAAAUUGAGAUUCUACGCUAGAUUUAUUGUUGUUUGUUUACUGUUGAAGAAAAUGAAACUGGUUAGAGACCUGGUACGAGAGUUGUCGAAGCAGAUAGACGAUUAUACAGGAACAUAUGAACCUGAAGAUCACAUGGAGUGGAAUCUAGUCCUUGGAGAAAUAAAAGCAUUUAUAGAGGCUGACAACCUUAUAUCAGUGGUGGACGUGGAUGCAACCGCCAUUGUUUUAUCUCACAGAUUGACGCCAUUAAAUACCCCACCACUAGACAAAAUGUCACAUGUACAUUUUACAUUGCAAGAAAUCAUUAUAGUUGGCAAUACACAUGAACAGGUUAAGUUCAGUGAGUUGACGUUGGACAUGUUUCGAAUGUUGCAGACGUUAGAACGGGAACCGCAAGAGGAAUUAACCAAUCAGAUAUAUGAUGCAUCACCGGCACCUGGACGGCAACCAUUUGAGAAUGGUGACAGGCCCAACAAGAGGGAGAAUCCACACAAAUACUUACUGUAUAAACCCACGUACAGUCAGCUUAACACAUUCCUGGCCUCGGGAUUUAAAGAACUACCUCCUAAUGGGGCCAUGCUGUUGUAUAUAUCGGCAGAUGGUUGCCAUGGAAAUGCAAAACAUACUGAUGAUGCCGCCUAUGACCUUGGAGGUGUGGUAACAAACAGUAGACGUGACGGUGAGGUCACAACUACAACACCCGGUAAGCCUAAACGACCAGGAACACUCAAGGAAAUGCAUUGUUUACAUCCUGGUGACUUGUACCCAUACACAAGAAAACCUUUGUUCAUCCUUGUUGACAGUGACAACAGCUCAGCAUUCCAGCACUUCCCCAACCUAUUUGGACAGCCAGUGGUAUGUCUGUUAUCACCAGAGCAGGUGCCUACCACCAUGCAGGAUAUGAGACAGAAGGGCAACUUGUUCACGUUAUUCCUGCAUUGCCCCCUGAUGGCGUUCUGCCAUGUAUGUAGUAUUAUAGAUAUCCCAAUCACGAUGUGGGACAAAUGUCAAAACUACGUGGACAGAUUCAUGGCGGAGGCCAGUAAACUUUUUGUACGAUCAAGAUCCUUAGAUCACGCCUAUAUGCAGUUUAUUGGUGACGAUUUCCUACGUCUGCUAAUGCUCAGAUUUGUCUUCUGCUAUAUUGUUCUCAUUCUUCACCGAGGAUUUAAGGGACCUAGCUUUUAUCCUGUAUCCCACCCACCACUGCCAACGGAGGAAAUUCUAGAACAUCCUACACUUCGUAAAAUUGUGCUAGAUCUUACCGCGGUACUCGACUGUCGAGCCCUGUUUUCGGAACCAGGAGAAGGUGAUAUACACGGAGCAACGUGAGGUUAUCCCACCAUUAUGUUAGAACCGGUUUUUUAAUGAAAUUUUUCCAUUCAAAAUACGCAAGUUUUUUUUUUUGUAUACAAGAUUUUCUGCUGGAUAUGUUAACGGUGUAUUGACAGUACUUCUUGGAAAAAGGACUUGAAGAGGAACGUGAAAUGACGUGAAUCCAAAGUUAUGGGUUAGAAGGUCGCAUUGGGUUUUUUAUGUUCGAUUUAUGUACUGCAAGACAAGUAUGGUAUAUAUGUAUAUGAGAAAUUACGUAAUUUGAUUUAUUUAUAAAUACACCCGUAUAUAAUCGUGUAUGUUUCUAAAUUGAUUAUUUUUUCUUGUAUUAUUACGACUAUAGAGGGUAAAAACUUUUGUCCCUUUCAUAGAAAAUAUUCUAAACUUGAUCUGUUGAGAACUACGGCAAAAAAAAAGACCAACACGGACAAAACCGAAAAAACAUUCCAAGAUAUGAUUUUUAUUUGAAAAUGGUAAAAUAAUUUUAUCAAAAUUUCUGAUAGAUUAUUACCUAUUUUACAAUUGAGAGAAAGUUGAUGUAUAUUUAAUUUUUUUAACAUUUGAGCCGCGUCAUGACAAAACCAACAUAAUGGGUUUGCGACCAGCAUGGAUCCAGACCAGCCUGCGCAUCUGCGCAGUCUGAUCAGGAUCCAUGCUGUUCACUUACAAACUCUAUUACAAGUAGAGAAACUGAUAGCGAACAGCAUGGAUCCUGAUCAGACUGCGGGGAUGCGCAGGCUGGUCUGGAUCCAUGCUGGUCGCAAACGCACUAUGUUGGUUUUGUCGUGACACGGCUCAUUUACUGUAUGAUGAUUUUUUACAUACAAUGAAAGCUUUCUGACUGAGAAUUAGAAUGAAUGUUUUUUUAAUAUAAUAUAUUAUGUAAAUCUCUUUCUCUAGGAAAAAUAUAUAUACAUUUAUGUAGCAUUUGCCUUUUUCAAGACAAUUUGUAUUUAGAGACUAAUCGGCUUUUUAUAUACCUGAUAUAUGCACAUGUGUAUAUAUACAGGUAAAAUAUUGCAUAGUACAAAAACAAAAUGUAUUCCCGUAGAUUCUGAGAAAUCAUGUAAAUUCUAUAUCUAAAUUUAAUUAAUUUACAUUUAUUUAUUUAUUUAUUUUUUGUAAUUUUGUCUUCAUUUAUUUAUUUACAUUCAAAUUUAAGAUUUAAAUGUAUUUAUUGUUAAAAAGUCAGUGUUAUAAUAACUAAUAAUGUGUCAAUUUAAUUUUAUAUACUCUAGGUUAAAAAGAAAUGUCAUAAAAAACUAAACUGAAAAAUUGAAAUUCCAGUUUAUGAGUUUUAUCAUCAAUAUUGACUUAUGUUGAUUAAUGGUAUCUUGUGGGACAUAAUAUAAUGAAAUUAGAAAAGUGGUCUUAUAUAAUUGGCUUCCAAAUUGACAGCUGAUGGGUUCAUUAUCAGAGUGUUUUAUAAUCAUAUUUUAAUGCUGCUUUUAUUGUGUCGCCUCUAGGGAGUAGUGGCGACAUAUAGGGAUCACUUCUCCGUCGUCUGUCUGUCCAUCCGUCUGUCCGUCUGUCACAAAAUUUGUCCAGACUACUCCUCAUAAACUACUGGUGCAAUUUCAUCCAAACUUUACAGGAAUGAUCAGUACCAAGUGUAGUUGUGCAUAUUGUCAGCAUUUUCCGGUUCAAUGAUUUUUGUCAGAGUUAUGGCCCUUUGAUAAUUUUUAUUUUUAAAGUUUGUCUGGACUACUUCUCUUAUACCACUAAUGCAAUUUCAAUGAAACUUUACAGGAUUGAUCUGUAGCUCAAGUCCUUGCGCAUAUUGCAGGGGUUUUCCGGUUGAAUGAUUUUUGGCCGAGUUAUGGCUCUUUGAUAAAAAGGUGUUUUUUCUGUGUGUUGCCAGAUACACAAAAGCUUGUCCGGACUACUCCUCAUAAACUACUGGUGCAAUUUUAUCCAAACUUUACAGGAAUGAUCAGUACCAAGUGUAGUUAUGCACUCUCCGUCUGUCUGUCACAAAAAUUGUCCCAACAUGAAAUUGGCCAUCAUGAGGCGACACAUGUGAUCAC